UUUUGGAUUCAAUUAAUACCAUGCCACAUGUUUAAAAGGGGAGGACUCUAACAUGCCUUUAACCAUGGCAUAGGCAUAUGCGAUGGGUGCGUAGAAGUUAAAAAGCGCUCGUCCUCGUCCGUCUGUCCGACUGUCCGACUGUCCGACUGUGUCCCCUCCCUCACCCCGAAGAAAAAGGGAAGGAAAAGAAAAGGUUACCGGCUCAAAUGAUGACAGAUGGAAUUAUGAGGAUGGAAGACAUACACAGACCUUCCAUUUGCCCAACCAACUCCCUAAGAUUGGAAAUGGGCAAAUAAUCCAGUAUAUAAUGGAAAAACAUGCACCGAAACAGCUGAAAACGAAGAGUACUGUGUGUCCUCCAUCUCCGUCACACAUCAGGCAAACGCAGCAGCAGAAAAAACAAUGAGCGUUGCCCUCCUUAGUAGCCAAACAUUGAGAGACUUCGUUGAAGACAGCGAGGCCUUCAACAAAUGUGUGAACGAACAUUUCGCAAAACUGGACGAAAAUGGUGAUGGAGUGCUUUCCCGUGAAGAGCUAAGGAAGGAGUUCGAUUGCCUGUUGUCAUUGGGGAAGGAAUCGAGACCAGAGGACGACCUGACCACCCUCUACAAUAUCGUGUUUGAUAUAUUCGACAGGGACCAUAGUGGGACCAUUGACCGAGAGGAAUUCAUGACUGAGAUGAAGGAGAUCCUGCUCGCCAUUGGCCGUGGAAUUGGUGAUUUGCCGGUUCAGGUGGCACUGGACAAUGAUAGCUUCCUCAUGAAAGCCAUUGAACAUGAAUCUGCCAAAAAGGGUUGAAGAAACUUUAUGUAAUUCUUAUGUUAAUUUAUGAUUUCUCGUGUAUGCACAUAAAUGUUAAUUGAAGGCUUUCAGUUUCAGCUAAUUAAUUGUAAGUUUGUAACCCUCCAUAAUGAUUUUGCAUCAAUAUAAAUUAG